AUCGUGCAGCUCUCAAGCAACUCAUCAGUCGUCAGUGAACGUCGUCGCGAGUUGGUGUCGUCGGGAUCGGGAUUAUCGGGGAUCGAUUACUGUUGUGUUUCCGUUUUUAUCUUUGCGAAGGGAGUUCUCAAUAUUUUGACAGCGCCAAGGGUCAUUAGCAAAGGCAGGAGGAACGAAACAAAACAACAAAAUAAUAUUAAAUAUUUAAUAGUAUAGUUUCGGUGUGUUGGAGUUUAUUUGCGUCGAGGUGGGAAAACGAAUCCCGUGCACGAACAGGCAGGAAAGCAAGUGCCUGCGGUAACAGCGGGACAGGCAUUUUCUUUCAAAAUUUUCCGAAUCAUAUUUCGCUUACUUGGGAGUGUGUUCUGUUGCGCCUCUGUGGUCAGUGAAAUUGGAAGUUUAUCUGUGUGGAAGUGAGAGUUUGCUGGCCGAUGUCGGCGGUCUUGUAAUUUCCGUGACAAAGCAGAUUGUUCGGGUGUUGGAUAUAAAUAACGCACACGAAACCUCCUCCGUUCCGGAUCCUUACCGUAGGUGUACUACGCCUGUGCCGGAAGUAUUUGUGCUGAAGAAAAUCGGUCAAAAUAAUCUCACAACUGCAGCAGUUUCGAACGAUGGCCGAGAAUAAAGGAAUUUUGCUGGCGAAAUCGGUCCAGAAGCAUGCUGGUCGGGCAAAAGAAAAGCUUUUACAAAAUCUCGGCAAAGUUGACCGCACUGCAGACGAGAUUUUCGAUGAACAUCUGACCAACUUCACCCGACAGCAGAACAGUGCCACUAGACUACAGAAAGAGUUCAACAACUACAUCAGAUGCGUGCGAGCUGUUCAGAGCGCUUCCAAAAGUCUGAUGGAUGCCAUAAACGAAGUGUACGAAAGCCAGUGGACCGGUUCGGAGGCACUGUACGCGCAAACCAACACAGUCGAAGUGCUAUUCCAGGAUUUUUCGCACAAGUUAGGUGAUCAAGUGCUGAUACCGCUCAAUACGUACACCUCGCAGUUUCCAGAAAUGAGAAAAAAGAUCGACAAACGAGGCCGAAAGCUGGUGGAUUACGACAGUCAGCGACACUCCUUCCAGGGCCUGCAAGCAAAUGCUGCCAAACGCAAGGACGAUGUUAAGAUCACGAAGGGCCGCGAACAGCUAGAUGAAGCGAAACGCACCUACGAAAUACUUAACACUGAACUGCACGAUGAACUGCCGGCACUGCACGAUUCGAGAAUACUAUUUCUGGUGACAAAUUUGCAAACCCUGUUCGCAUCCGAGCAGCAGUUCCACAGCGAAACGUCCAAGGUCUACGCCGAACUAGAAGCGAUCGUCGACAAGCUGGCCACCGAAUCCCAGCGAGGCUCGUAUACGCUCAAGAAGAUUACUGCUAACUCAACUCCGUCCAGUCAACCGCAGUCCCCAGUGAAAGCGAACUUGUCGAUUGUAAAUAACAUUACCAACGGAUCUGCCAAUGCAAACGGACCUACAUCCCCUUCACCAUCAAUUUCGCCCAGCUCAGAACAGCACGCGGAUGAUUUGGAACCCUCCUAUCAGAACACAGAAGUCGUGAAAUCCACCAGUGCUGCUUUGCGAUCAUCCCCAACAACCACCACCACCACCACUAAUAAUAACAAUAUCGAAGACCCAUCGCAGCCACCAGUGGCACCGCCUAAAACGCCUGCGCCGCUCACUAGCGAGAAAGUAACAACAAAUGGUACGGAUCUCGAUCACGAUACCAGCAGCCAUACGCAAAAUAACAUACCAGCAACUAUCGCAGCUGAUUCCAUCACUAGUCUACCGCCUGUUCCAGUGGCUGAAAUCCAGCCUAAUUCGUCGCGCUCACCAUCACCCACAACGCCUACUACUGCUGGCGCUGCCGUUUCGCAAUCAAGUAAUACCAAUCAGCAUCACCAUCACCUAUCGUCAUCUUCAACAUAUCAUCAUCCCCAUUCUCACAACCAUAACUACCAUCAUAACGCCAACGAAACGAGCACCCAUGCGGUUGGUCCUUCAUCCCUAACGUCGACUUCGUCCACGGCAUCCUCAUCGGAGCAACACGGCAUACCGCACUACGCGACGCUGCCUUCCAAUCCUAUCGGACCGUUAUUGAUUUCCAAUGGAUCCCAUCCAGAGUCCCAACAGCACAUCUACAGCAAUGUUGCUAACAACACUAGCCAUAACAAUCUGAAUAACAUUAACAACAACGUAAGCAAUAACGAUAACAGUAAUUUCACCAAUGGUAAAACUACUACUACUAGCACUCACCACAACAAUAAUAACAGUAAACCGGAAGAACUCUAUGAUAUUCCCGUUGGUGCUACAGCAACCGAUCUGCCACCGGGAGUGCUGUACCGGGUGAAGGCCACCUACAAGUAUGUCCGGGAGGAUGUCGACGAGCUGAGCUUCGACGUCGGUGACACCAUCAACGUGAUCGAGUACGAAGACCCGGAGGAUCAGGAGGAAGGCUGGCUGAUGGGGAUCAAGGAGGGCUCAAACGACAAGGGCAUGUUUCCGGCCAACUUUACCCGGCCGCUUUAAGUUUGCCUUUGGGGUUAGAGAAAAGCAACAGAAUAUAUAGGCAUAUGUUGCUUGAACAAGAAACCACGCCACUCCAUAACACGACCCACAUUUGACCAACAAUGAUAAUGAAAUCGAUUGAACUAAAGAUGGUUUUAUGAUUUGAUAUUUUAUAUCGCGAAUCGAUACGAUGGAGAGAACUAUGAUCAGGCGUGUAAUGUAUGGUGAAUGAGCCAACUAACAAUUAGGAUAGCAAAGUUUAUCUCGGUAACGCGAACAAUAUAAUUAGAAUGAGAUAACUCUCAACACACUGAAGCUAACAACUGAAAGCGAUUCGUAGGGCGAGGUAGAAUGACGUGCCUUUAAAUUUGUUAAUUCAAAAGUAUGGCAUUUGCCGAGAUAAGGAAACCAAACGCAGAAAGGAACGAACUAGAUUGUGUCGCCGACUGGAAAUGUCUAUUGCUUUCCACCACCACCUUUUGUUCUGUUUGUCUAAUCAUUAAGUUGUUAACACAGUCCUCGGUAGGAAUAAUACAAUUAUUACGUCUUUUGUUUAUUUUUUUGUUUUAUAUUGUAUUGCGAGAAAAAUAUGUGGCAGUUCACGAACGAAAAUCUCAUUUUGAUAAGCAUGAUUGCAAAUAUUCUGCUGGUCUUUCCAAGUCUUUAUUGUAGUUUGUGUCAUUUUCGGAAAAUAAUAAUUUCUGAGUCAGCGAUUCGAAAUCGAAAAACCUGUAAAUAUGUUUAAAACCGCAAACAUCCCGAUGAACAAGUUCAAAUUGAAGCAAUAACACAAAGUUUAGUUCAACCGAUUCGAGCUGCCAAAAUCAUCGAUAAGCAACAAAAAUCACUCCCUCAUUUUGCCAACUCUGCAACGUAGUACAUAAUAUUAUGUAAAUAGCCGAAUUUGAAGUGGGUUCACUGUAAAAACAAUAAAAUCAAAAUCCAAUACAAGCCAAAUUUACUUCCGUUAUAAAAGGUCGUACUUCUUCUAUCACUAUACACAGCACAUAAAGGGUGUUGAUUGAAGCAAACACUUUACAGAGGGUACCAUACCGUGAAUGCGCACCGCGGUGCAGUCCAAACGGUAGAUAGAAUUGAUCAAUGCAUUUUUAUUAGAAAAUCACAAACGAUCGAGCCCAAUUUGAGCGCAAUUCUGCACAGCCCGCACAUAGGCCCCAUAGCGUAAGAAACCCGAGCAUACGUGCAGUGGCAUAUUCUGAAUUUAGAUAAACACGUUUCAUAGUGAUUCUCGAAUAAUGCUUUUUCUUUCGACUCUGCUCGCCUAACGAGAGAGGAGUUUUUAAAUCGCGAUUUUCACCCCGCACUAGAUCUAACGGAAAGCUGCCUGGUAUCUCUUCUUUUGCCAGGUCUGCCACUUUGUAGAUUAACUGAUCGAGCCAGAGAGCUUCAUAUUUUGUUAAUGUAGAAACACGUCUUCUCUUCCUUAUUUACAUUACUGUUAUGUUAUUAUUUCUGAAUUACAACUGUUUUUAUUGUAUUUGAUAAUUUUAUCUUAUUUAACAAACAAAAGCUAAAUUAAUAACUUAGUUGAGUAAUAAUAGAAAACUUGAAGCAAGCCAACAAAAUCAAUUGUUGAAGUUGUAUUGACGAAGCAGAAAAAAAUCUACACAUAAAAAGUAAACCCAAGCAGUUCGGAAUUGAAGCGAGGAACAAAAAAAAAAUAAUUAGAAACGAGGAGAAUUCGGGCAACCUAUUAUUGAAGGAAAUGAUAUCUAUUGAAGAUCAAGAGCUAAUAUAUUUCAAGUAAAUCUAUUAAUAAAAAUGAUAUGCUAAGGAUAACGUUAACAAUAAACAGAUGAUGGAUGAACCCUGUGUACAA